AUGGCACCGAUCGAGGGGCCCAGAGUCAAGAAGGGCCUUUUUGAACGUCUGGAUAGUGGGGAGGUUGUGUUCGGAGAUGGCAGCUAUCUCCUAACUCUGGAGAAGAGGGGCUACGUGAAGGCCGGGCUCUGAACUCCAGAAGCCGUAGUAGAGUAUCCAAAUGCAGUUUGUCAGCUUCACAUGGAAUUCUUGACGGCGGGAUCAGAUGUCAUGCAGACUUUCACCUUUUCUGCCAGUGAGGACAAUAUGGAAAGCCAGGUAGACUACAGCUGGGAAGCUGUAAACACCACUGCCUGUGACCUCGCCAGAGAAGCAGCUGACAAAGGGGAUGCUUUGGUAGCAGGGGGGAUCUGCCAGACAUCAUUGUACACACACCACAAGGAUGAAGUUAGAAUUAAAAAGCUUUUUCAACUGCAGCUAGAGAUUUUUGCCAGGAAAAAUGUAGAUUUCUUGAUUGCAGAGUAUUUUGAACAUGCUGUAGAAGCUGUGUGGGCUGUAGAAGUCUUAAAAGAAUCUGGAAAGCCUGUGGCAGCCACUGUGUGCAUAGGCCCAGAGGGAGACAUGCAUGUAACACCUGGAGAAUGUGCUGUGAAGCUGGCGAAGGCAGGGGCUUCAGUUGUUGGUGUGAACUGCUGAUUUGGGCCCUGGACCAGCCUGAAGACGAUGAGCCUCAUGAAGGAAGCCCUCCAGGCUGCAGGGCUGAAAGAACAGUUGAUGGUGCAGUCCCUAGGGUUCCACAUGCCUGACUGUGGCAACAGAGGGUCUCUGGAUAUCCCUGAAUAUCCCUUUGCCCUGGAGCCCAGAGUUGCAACCAGAUGGGAUAUUCAAAAGUACACCAGAGAAGCCUACAGCCCGGGGGUCAGGUACAUAGGCGGGUGCUGUGGCUUUGAGCUCUAUCACAUCAGAGCGAUUGCAGAGGAGCUGGCCCCGGAGAGAGGAUUUUUGCCACCAGCUUCAGAAAAACAUGGCAGCUGGGGAAGUGGUCUCAAUACGCAUACCAAGCCCUGGAUUAGAGCCAGGGCUAGAAGGGAGUAUUGGGAGAAUCUGUGGCCAGCUUCUGGUAGACCUCUCUGUCCUUCAUUGUCAAAGCCAGAUGCCUGA